ACCACAUCCGGCGAGAUCGAGAUGCGGCCGCGCGGCAGAGGAGACGACGCGGACGAGGACGUCGACUACGACUCCUCCCCGGACCGGCGCGCCCCGCCCGACCACGACCCAGCGCCGUCGCCGGCGCCGGCGCCCGCGCCGCGCGCGCCCCUCAGCAGCAUGGUAGUCAGGCCGUCCCCGCCGCCGCCGCCACAGCCUAGCGCCUCCUCCUCCCCGUCCCGCUCCCGCUCCCGCUCCCCCGCCCGCUCCUCCCCCUCCCCGUCCCCCGCCCAGGGUAGCCGCCGCCGCGGGUCCUCGCUCCCGCGCCGCCGCCGCGACCUCUCGCCGCCCGACCUCCGGAUCAGGGACAGGCGCCGCUCGCCGCCGCCUCCUCCUCCUCCCGCCAGGCGCCGCUUCGGGAGCCCGCCCCCGCACCGCCGCGCCGGGAGCCCGCCGCCCCCGCAGCGCCGCCGCUUCAGUCCUCCCGGGUUCCAGCCCCGGCAGCCGCGCUACUAUGACGAGCCGCCGCCGCAAGGAUUUGGCAUGCAUGCUGGACCCUCACCUCCGCGACAACGCAGAUUAGAAAGCGGCAACUUUGAUGACACUAUGGGUCCACGUUAUGCUCAUGGAUAUGAAGGGAGUGGUCGAGGAUAUGUGGGGAGUGGUAGAGGAUACGAAGGGGGUGGUAGAGGAUACGAAGGGGGUGGUAGAGGAGGUGCAAGGCUCCGAGAUGGUUCUCCACCAUAUGGAAGAGGGGGCAGAUCUCAUGGAAGGGGGCAUACUGGUCCUGGUAAGGAGUUCAUUCUAAUUGAUGGAGAAUAUGUUCACAGGAAUGACCCAAAUCUGUCACCAAGAGAAGGUGAUUGGAUAUGCCAGAAUCCAAGCUGUGGAAAUCUCAACUUUGCUCGACGAAGUCACUGUAACAAUUGCAACAAGCAUCGCUAUGAGCCUAGCCGCAGUCCUCUCAGGGGGUACUAUGACUCUCCUCCGCGAGUGCCUGUAAGGGUGCUUGGUCCACCAAGUGAUCGUGCACCACCAAGAGAAAUGGCAAGGUACAGAUCACCACCCCGUGAUUGGGUUGUUGGUGAUCCGAGAGGUUAUCCAACUAGAUCACCUCCAGAUCGUGUAGGACGAUUUCCAGACCCAUUGCAGAGGGAAAGAAUGGGCUUCCGCGGUGACCGUGAGUUGAGGGACCCUGUGAAAUUUGAGUGGUCUUCUGCUGAGCACAAGCAGAGGGAGCGCCCACAUGGUGGGUUGUAUCCUGACAGGAACCGUCGACACUCUGGAUCUCCUGGAGGGAACUGGGGGAGCGAUAGGCGGGACAGAAGCAGAUCUCCUGCAGGCAACAGACCUAUGAAGAGUGCUUUCACAGGCAGGGAUCGACCAGACCUGGAGUAUGGUGGCUCAUAUGUAGGCCGAGGGCGGUCUAACAAUUUGGAUGCUGGCCGUGGGCUUGGGCGUGGUGGUGGUUACAGACAAGGAGGUGGUCCAUACCCUGGUGAGGGCAGAGGUGAUCGCCGUGCUGCUCCGUAUGGUAGGAACGAGGAACGCUACUAGUUAUAAACUGACCAGACUCAUUCUUGGAGCUGCUCUGGAAAGAAAAUCUAGUUAAGGGAGUGCUUGAGAACUGGUGCAGCUUGUAAUAUUAAACUUCCUGUACUACCGGUCCUGAACUGUGAUGACAUUUCAACUGUUCACGGAUGAACAAGUUCACUAUGCCUUGGAUGAUCA